AUGAUCGGCAAAGGACGUUACUCGAUUUCAAUUGCGUUACACUCACUUUUAUUUUUCUGCUUUUCGACCAUCAUGAAUGGCUCAUGCUUAUGCCAACUGUCGGCUUGCUUGGCUCCAUUGCUGCCGUCCAUAUCUCGAUUGGUAACCGGCAACACUUUGCCGGUUUCUCAAGAACACCAUCCAUGCAAACGCAUCGUGUCACAAUGGUAG